CACAUAUUCUUGAAUUUCACUUGCUUUCCUCGCUGGCCAUUCAUUUUCUUUACUUUUCUUUUUCAUUUUCCUUUCUCUUCUUUAUGCUUCUUUGAGAUCUCAAUUCUCUCUCUCUCUCUCUCUCUCUCUCUUUUAGUUUUGAAAACAGUUACUUAAAAACUGUGAUGUUACAAUGACAUAAACAAAAGUUUAUAUUUUCUUGUGAUGGUACUUUAGCCUAGUAUUUUUAGUCCAAGGAUUUUCCUAACCAUGUUCUUCUAGUUCUAUCUCAGUGGUUCACAACUGGGUUCCAUUGCAUAUCACAAGAAAGAGAACUUUGAGAGGCCUAAAGAUUCUUUCUUCACUUUCUGGAUUGCCUCUAGUCCAAGGGAAGAACUUGACAGACCUCAAAGACUCAAACUUUUUGUGGUAUUUACUGUUCAACCAGAUUCUUAUUAUCUUGAGCCAUUUGGAAUUAGAACCAAGAAUAUAUACAUAGAUGAAGCCAAUGAAGUCAAAGAAUAUUGACAGCAUGUUUUCCAACUCUGUCGGUGGUGGAGGCAAUCAGAAUGUUGAGGAAUGGGAAAUUAGGCCAGGAGGAAUGUUGGUGCAGAAGCGUGAUAUGAAUCAAGGCACUGUUUCAAUUCCCACAAUUAAAGUUAGAGUGAAGUAUGGCUCUUUGUGCCAUGAAAUUCAAAUAAGUUCCCAAGCAAGCUUUGGGGAUUUGAAGAAAAUGUUGGCAGAACUUACUGGCUUGCACCCUCUUGAUCAGAAGCUGAUAUACAAGAACAAGGAGAGAGUAUCCAAAGCAUAUCUUGAUGCGGCAAGAGUGAAAGAUGGAUCCAAAAUCGAGCUUGUUGAGGACAUUGUAAGUAGAGAAAGAAGGUGCGUUGAGAUGCUAAAAAAUUCAAAGGUUGAAAAGGCCUCAAAAUCCUUGGCAGAAAUCAGUUUGGAAGUGGACAAAAUUGCAGGGCAGGUCACUGCUUUGGAAGCCAAAGUUUCUAGAGGUGGGAAAGUCACAAAAAUGGAUGUGGAGAGUUUGACUGAAAUGUUGAUGACAAAGUUAGUUAAGUUGGAUGAAAUUGUUAGUGUUGAGGGAGAUUUUAAAUUGCAGAGAAAGGCGCAGGUGAGGAGAGUUCAGAAGCACAUCGAAACUCUCGAUAAAAUGAAGUUGCAUUAUUCAAAGCCUGGCAGCAGUGGAGGUAAUAUCCCAUGGCAGCAACAACAAGCAAAUUCAUCCAAGCAAAUGUCUGUACCAAUGCAAAAGCAUCAUGUGCAAAUGAGGCAGAUGGAGUCUAAAGGGCAAAUGCAAGGGCUGCAGCAGCAGCAACCAUUGCGGCAUUCUGAAUCAUUUGUGGUAACAACUCAAUGGGAAACUUUUGAGUAAUGCAUACAACUUUAAACUGGGGGGGCCAAGCAUAUUUUGGAAUUCUUUCAAGAAGGCCAUCCUAAAUUCAUAUAGCCAAUCUUACAAGUCUUGGGUUUUUUUUUUUUUUUUUUUUUUUUUUUUUUUUUGGCUUCAGAUUUUAAAUCUCUUUAUCUCUGAAGUAUAAUGCAGAUCUGCAUCAUUUAGUAAUUUUUUUUUUUUCCUUUGGGUAACAAUGUGUAUAUGGUAUAUGGUUAAUGGUUAAUAGGAAAAAUAAUAAGAGGGAAAAGGAGCUGUGCUGUUAAAGGGUUUAUUUAUGUGUACUUGAAAUGGUUACUUUAGAUAUCAAUUUGUAAAACAUAAUUUGGGCAUCAUGGAAUUCCAUUGGAAGAAAUUUGUUGCAACAGCUGUUACUGUUGCUGUGUCUGCCUAUGUGUAUAUGUGGCUUGGGACCAAAAGGCCAAUCAUAGCUUUAAUUUUAUUCAGAAGUAAUCAAUGUAGCAGUUGUUUCUUGUUAA